GCAAAAAAAAAUCACGCACCUUUGAAAGACCAACCCAAAACAAAAACAAAACAAGCAAAUUACCCGACGCUAUGGACGCGCUUGCUUAAUCAGUUACUACUUCAAACAGAAAGAGUUAGAGAUAGAGCGACAAAACGAUGGGGUCCAGAGACAAGGACCAAACGACACCGCAUCACCAGCCUCUCCUUAGCAGCCUUGUUGUACGUCCGUCCGUCAGAGACGGCGGUGAUGGCGCCGGAGGUGGAGGCCUCACAGGUGGUAGCGAUCACGAGCCUGGCGAGUUCCUCCGUGAACCCCCAUCCUAUUCUCGCCCCGAACGAUACUCUGAUGAUCCUGGAUAUAGGCUUCGUGCAGGUUCUGGUUCUCCUGUACGUCGUAGGGAUGCAGAUCACAGAUACAAUUCUGAUCUUGAUAAUUUAGGGGGGCCAUCUCGAGGUCGUGAUUUUAGCAACAGGAAGUAUCAUGGUAGAUUUCAAUAUUCUUCACCCCCUUAUGCUCGAGGAAGAGGUUUUGAUGGGCCUGAACUUGGUCCAGGACUUCAUAGAGGGGAGGGCAUGGGUAGGAAUAAUCCAAAUGUACGCCCAAGGGAAGGCGACUGGAUCUGCACAGAUCCUUUAUGUGGCAACCUGAACUUUGCAAGGAGAGAUUUCUGUAACAAUUGCAAGAGGCCUCGCUAUAGAUCUGGAGGGAGUCCUCGGUGGGGUUAUCCUGGCCCCCCACCUCUGCAUGCUCCUCCAAGACACUUUCCUGGUCCUUCAUUGGAUCUCUCUCCAGGCAGGACUAUGAAUGGCUAUAGGUCUCCUCCUCGAGAUUGGGCCAGAGACAGACCCAGAGAUUAUGGGUCUGGUGGUCCACCUCCCAGGCAAGGGGGCCGGUUCUCUGACCAUGACAUGCGGAGAGAUCGAUCUGAUUAUGCAGAUGAUGAAUACAGGGGGAGGAACAAAUUUGACAGGCCAAUGCCAGUGGAUUGGGGUCAUAAUGACCAUGGAAGGGAUAGCUUUUUCCAUGAAAGGAAAGGGUUUGAGAGACAACCACCCUCUCCACCUCUACCUCUGCCUUCACUUCCUCAACGUGGCAGAUGGGGCCAUGAAGGGAGAGACAGGAGCAGAUCGCCAAUUAGCACCACCAAAAGAGUUCAUAAUAUGUACAUGGAGCAGGGGCGGCGAGGUGAUCGACAUCGUGUUGGGCGAGGCAGAAUGAGAGAUGUGUAUUGAAAGAAGUGAGGCUAUGGAGUUUGCAUGGUUCAUCUUGGUAUCAUGGUAGUUCUGUGUUCUUCGCUGGGUGAGGAUGGAUGUUAUGGCACAGCUCAAAACUUAAAUAGGUUUUCUGACUACGAUCGUUGUUGUUUGAUUUUCGCUUAUUAAAGGUUCUUUUAGUAUAGGUACAUUAA